AUGAGACAACUAAAGCACCACGAGAAGAAGCUUUUGCGCAAGGUCGACCUCUAUUCUUGGAAGAAGGAAGACAACCUCCGUGUAGCACAAGUGUUGCGGCGGUACCAUGUGCAAGACAAGAACGAUUAUAUUGCCUACAACCGAAUCUGUGGUAUGAUUGGCAAGCUGUCGGCCAAACUCAAGACCCUCCAGGCCGACGAUCCAUUCCGUGUUGCCAUGACGGAGCAAUUGCUACAGAAAAUGCACGAUUUGGGUAUUGUUGACACAAAGAAGUCACUCCAAAAAGCAGACGAUGUCAAUCCUUCUGCCAUUUGUCGACGUCGGAUUCCCGUGGUCAUGGUGCGAUUGAAAAUGGCCGAGACACUGCGGGUGGCAUGUACGCUCAUUGAACAAGGACAAGUGCGAGUGGGGCCCAAUGUCGUCACCGACCCGGCCUUUUUGGUGACCAGAUCCAUGGAGGAUUAUGUCACGUGGGUGGACUCUUCCAAAAUUAGACGGACUGUGCAAAAAUACAACAAUAAACUCGAUGAUUUUGAUCUUUUGUAA